AUGAGCAUGCUUUCAGCUGAAGUCACAGAAUGGGGUCAAUCCCCCAAAUCUGUAAAUGUCGUCCCUCCCCAAGCUCCGGUCAACGACUCCGAAACAGAGAUCCGUGUCAUCGCUGCCGGUCUUCACCAGCUAGUCCGCGCAAGAGCAGCUGGCAAACACUACACUGCUACAGAACUCCCCCACCGACCUGGUGUGGACGGCGUAGGCGUCAAUGUGUCUACGGGCAAGAAAGUAUACUUUUCUCUGCUGGGUACCACGCAGGGCAGCUAUGCGGAGAUCGUCAAUGCGCCCUCGCACAAUAUCGUUGAGCUGCCCGAGGGUGUUGAUCCCGUUGUCGCGGCGGCUUUGAUCAAUCCCGUCAUGGCGAGUUGGAUGGCGUUGAGGAAGAGGGCGAGUUUGAAGGAGGGUGCUGGGUUCAAGGUGUUUAUUAAUGGUGUUACUACUGCGAGUGGAAAAAUUGCUAUUAAAGUUGCGAGAAGCCUUGGGGCUACGAGUGUUGUUGGUUCAGCGCGCAACCAAGAAGCUCUCUCAAAGCUCGACUUGGACGCCAGUGUUGUUCUGAACGACAAACCCACAGAAACCGACUUCUCCGCCGCCGCAGACGCAGACAUCGUGCUCGACUUCCUAUACGGUCCCUGGCCCAACGCCUUCCUCCUAAGUCCCAGCACCGCAGCCGCAAAGAACGCGAUUACCUGGAUCAACAUCGGAAGCAUGGCCGGUGACGGAGGGGAUAUUUCGGCGAUGGGGCUGCGGCGUCGAGAUGUUACGGUGCGGGGCUCCGGGCCGGGGUCUUGGGAUCCGAGAGAGCUUGGUGCUGAGACUGUUGGUAUGUUGAAGGUGCUUGUUGGUGUUGGAAGUGAAGGGCUGAAGAAGUAUCGGUUUGAUGAUGUUGAGAAGGGGUGGGAGGAUAAGGGGAGGGAUAGAGUUGUUUUUGUGUUUGGGGAGGAGAAUGAGAAGUUGAAGUAG